CUUUUGUCACGCAGCAAACGACUCGACUGUUUAUAAAACAAUGUCCAGUUCUCAUCGGUGAUUUGCAUUUUCUCCCCUUUCCUCAGAUCAGGUUCUGUCAGAUCUAGUACUAUCACACCUACUAUAUCUUAGUGUCUGGUCUGGACGCCUUUCUAGUCGAGUGGUUUUGCUUCAACAAAGUCCCAAAUCCCCCCACCUAUCCCAAAUUGAAGUCGGUCCAAAAUGCACCUCCCCACCAUCCUGGCCAGCCUCACGGCCCUUAGAGUUAGCACGGCGCACACUCUCCACCCCCGCUCCAUCACCCCCCCAGCCGGCUGCCCCCUCCCAACCUGGCAAGUCACCACCUUCCACUGGUUCAACGGCUCCAAAAGCCUCGACUGCAUCCACAACCAAGCGGAUAUCAACUUCCAAGACUGCCUGUGCGGGGGGCCCGGUGUCUGGUGCGCCCCCGACGCCGCCACCUGCAACGGCAGCAUGGUCAACGUCUGCUGGACCGGCAUGCCCAACUACCAGCCCUGGGGAUACGGGCCACCCGAAACCCUCGACAUCGACUUCGCGGACGGCCUCGCCUGCCACGACGAGUAUAUCGGGUACCGGGUCCACGAUAUCGGCAACGGGGCGUCGAAUUGUGGAUACGCGGAUCGGGGCGAGGGUCGCAUUGUCUCCUUUUAUGGAAGCUCGAAUUAUGCAACGUCCACCGGGCAUAUGGAUUAUGUGCUUGGUGAUGGUCAUGCGUUGACGUGCUCGAAUGGUAGUCGCAUUACGUACUCCGGCAGUACGGACUUUGAGUUGACUUGUUCCCAUGAUGCCUUUUUCAAUGCGACGUGUACGGCUCCCGUGUUCGAGGUUCCGGUGUUGAGUUAUCAGUGGGUUUCUUAGAUUGGGGGGGACGGUGGAG